CAAACGAAGAAAUUCGCACAAAUUCAGCCAUAUAAAAGGAAGAUUUUUGUCAACUUUUAUUAGUUUUAAAACACUUCGCAAAAAUGUUGCAAUCAACGAAGCUUGUGCUGUUCACCGUACUAUUCUUGGUUGUCGGAAGUAACCAGUUGAUGGCGAAACUAAUUGGUCCACCGGUGAGCAAUGGUUUUACGAGUUCAAGUACAAGUACAACUACCACGGAGGCUCCAAACGCUUAUAACCAUCCGAAAUUUCACUUAGCUACCGAGAAGCUGAAUUGGUUUGGCGCAACUGCUUACUGCCUGGAGAGAAAUUGGAAACUCAUCGUUCUGGAUUCCGAAGAAAUCAGAGAGGAAUUCGAAAGUUACCUUACCAAAUACGAUUUGAGAAAAUUUCCCUUCUGGACAGCUGGCAAUAAAUUAGGCAAUAUGAAAACUUGGCGUUGGAAUCUUGAUGGACCAACACUUGUAUACACCUAUUGGGCAAAGGGUCAACCGGACAAUUACAAAAAACGACAACAUUGCAUAAAAUUAUUUUCAAGUAGUUUGAAAUGGGACGAUGAUACUUGUGAAAAAGUUAUAAAUUUUGUAUGUUUAAAAAAUUGAGUUAGAAAUAAACGCAUUUAAAUUGUAUAAAA